AUGUCCAGUGAGGCGAGUAAGGCCUACACAAAGACUGAGCCCUGGAGGUGGCAUGGUGUGGCCAGUGGUGGCACUCAGAAAUCAAGUGUGAAGAAGAGGAAGAUUGCCAGAAGUGUAGUGGGUCCUAGAGAGAAGAUGCUGGGAGCAACUGGUAAGUUAGCUGGGUCUGGAAGAGGAGACAGUGAAAUUGGUCCCAGGAUUGAGGAGAGGUCUAACUGGUGAGCGAGAGGCAGAGGCCAUAUAUCUGGUUGCAGAGAGAUGGUAAGAAUGGUGAGAGGUGGGGCUUCUGACUAACAUGGCCGUCCAAAGCAGAGACACUUGGUGAAAGCCUCAGGUUUGUUAUCUAUCUUAGAGGCAGGAUUAAGCUCAAGGGGGGAAAGUUAGCAGGGUGUUGGGGGUACACAGGGUAUUGUGAUAACUUGGGGCCAUGGGGGGAGUGGAAACCUGGGGGUGAUAGUGCAUGAGAUAGUUUCGGUAGCCAGUACAGCAUCGACACAUAAGAGGAGCAUUGCAGCAUCAGCAGUUGGUGGUACAGAGGUUCAGAAUUGAGAAGGGAAAAAUACGGAGGAUACAGUGGGUGGGGUUUCUGAUGUGGUGCUGCGCAACGCAUAUGUAUUUUUUUCUGGUCCUCUCGGAGUUCAUUUGAAGUUGGAUAUAAAAGAAAAAAUGUGAAAGCAGGAGUACAAAGAAUUAGUCUCCCUGUUGCCCCUGGAGGAAUAGGUUGAUUUAAAGACAGACAACAAAAAAGACGAGAAAGCAUAAAAGGAAGAAGAGUAACGGAAGAAGAGAUAUCUGAAGAUACCCAAGAAGUUUGGCAAUUGGCUUCUGGCCGUUUGUAAGUUGGCUUAUGUUAUCAAGGAAAAAACCCUAAGAACUGGUCAGCUUUAUUUUGUUACUUGGAUGUCAUAUGGGAUGCCUCUAAGACUUAUGAAGGUUUAGCAUGGUGACGCCAUGACGAGCAAUUUCAUCAGCGCCUGGCCACUAACCUUGGUAUCAGAUGGGACCUGGUUGAUCUCCCCCCACAGUUGAAAUUAAUGAUAGACCAGAAAGCCUUGGACUUUUAAGGUGUUGCUGGUGGAGGGGUUUCAACCAAGGAUAUUGUUGACUGUAUAAAGACUGCCACCGUAAGUGGGAGAGGGUCAUGCAAGUAUAAGCAUGAGGGCUCUGGCUGUGGGGUAACCCACAGCCUGUCCAAAUGCUUUAAGAGAGGAAAGACAGGAUCUGAACCUAGUGCUGGGGCAACUAAAGGGGAAAUCACUAGUGAACAAAGACAUGAUACUGUCAUAGCUAAAACACUAUGGUAAGCUGUACGUCCUGGGUGGUUCACAGAGGGGUUUCAGAUUCCCUUUGUGCCACACAAAUCGUGGUUGCCUUUAAAUAAAAGAGAGAUGAAUGAGGGAAUUCUAGACAAGGAAGUAAAAUUAUUGGGAGUGACAGGCACAUUCCAGUUAUUUUCGAUUCCCAGGUUUAGCAUGUCACCAUUUGUUAGGAAGUUAAGGAUUGUUCCCAAAAAAGAGGGAGGCAAAUAUAGACUCAUUCAUCACUUAUUUCUAAAGGGUCAAUCAGUGAAUGUGGAUAUUGACAAGAAAUUGAGCACAAUGUCCAGGUCUGGACUGGCCAUCUAGCAAACCGGGUAAAUGCCCUAAACACACUAGACUCUUUGUACUCAAACACACACACUACAUUCUCUAAACACACACUCUCUACAGCCUCUACACGCACUACAUUACCUAUACACACACACUACAGUCCCUAGCCACACAUUUUACUUCAUAAACACAACACAACACAACUUAAACCAACCUAUUUACACAAAACACCACACCUCAAUCAGCUCACUCUACACACACGCUAUCACACAAGCAGGCUCCAAACACAUGUAUAAUACGCUUUCUUGGCCCUUUUGUCCUCUGGUAUCCCACUUAUCGAGACACCAGAGACAAGUUACAAGAAAACACAGCACAAGCAUGUUAAUAAAUUGCUGCGCAAAACACACACAGGGCCUUUUUCUCAUGCAAGAGCUUUUCAAGAGCUCAUUUGACAUUUGGUUAUUGCUAGUGGAAGUGGAUAUUGAGUCUGCUUUCCAACUUCUGGGUUGUUGUUUUGAGGGUGAAUAUUUUAUGGACUUGUUCCUUGCCAUGGGUUGCUCCAUCUCAUGUGCUUAUUUUGAGACAUUUAGUACAUUUCUCAAAUGGGUAGUGAUAUUUGAAGCUGGGUGCCAUUUGGUGGUUUAUUGCCUGAUGAUUUUUUCUGUGUCUGGGUCUUAGUGGUUCGUCUGAGUGAUUGCAUAUUCUGUGACGUUUGCCGUGGGUGAUGAGUCUGUUUGGAGUACCGUGGCAGAUGAGAAGAUGGCAGGCCUUACCACUUGUCUUUCUAGGCUUGGAAAUUGACACAGUCAUGGGUGUUUGUCGGUUGCCAGAGGACAAGUUGUGGAUGAUGAGGGAGGCUAUAGUUACUGUUAGCAGGCGAAAAGGUUACAGUCAAACAGUUGCAGUCUAUGAUCGGCAGGUUAAAACUCACUCUCCCGGUUAUGCCAGUGGGUCGAAUUUUUCUGAGGUCAGUCUCCAGGGCUACGACAGGCAUCUGUGAAGGUCAUCACUUCCUUAGGGUAACAAGGGCCAUGAGAGCUGACAUGGCUAUUUGGGAGGUGUUCCUUGAUAAAUUCAAUGGGACAGUUGUUUUCCAAAAGCCGAUUUUGGUAGCAGAAAGGCUUGAAUUGAAGGGUGUGCAGCUCAGUGACCAGAUGAAUGGCAUACUAGUCCACUUAUCAGUAAUUGGGCUUUAUUGGAGUUGUUUCAACUGGUGGUAGCAUUAGCCCUUUGGGGCUGGUCCAUGAGUGAUAGGCAUGCCAAUUUACUUUCGGAUAAUCAUUUGGUGGUGCAUUAAGUAAAUAAUCUCUCUCCAUUAUUGGCUCUGGGGGUUCGUAUGUUGUGCUAUUUCGUUUUGCUGUGUAUGGAGCUGAAUAUCUUCUUUUGCACUAGAUAUCAUCUUUCUCAGUGGCAGAGGCACCGGAGAGGAGGCACCGGAGGCAGAGAUGCAUGGCUCCAGGAGGCCCAAGGUGAUGUGGACUCUCGGGAGAUAUUGUUUGCAGGAUGGGUAAGAUCAUCAGUGGCGCCUUCUACCUGGUCGGCGUAGUGUAAGAUCUGGGAUGAGUGGGAUAGCAUUAUGGCAUGGGCGGGAGGGAUUGAGAAUAAUAGUCACAGACUGGAUAUUUUAUUAUGGUUUAUCACUCAUUUGGCCCUGGGGCUUCACCAUCUCAUUUGAAUAAAUCUAUGUCAGCGCUUUCUUUUCUUUUUAAGUUUCAUGGUAUUACAAAGCAUUUUAUUGUGUGCCAGGCAUUAACCCCUUAAGGACACAUGACAUGUGUGACAUGCCAUGAUUCCUUUUUUUCUAGAAGAUUGGUCCUUAAGGGGUUAAAGGCAAUGAAACGGGGGAGAGUGUUGCCCUAUACCCAAUGUCAAUUGAAGGUGGGUAUGUUGAGAGACCUGUUUGCCAUUUUGAGGAGGAUCUGCUCAUUUCCUUAUGAGUGGGUUUUAUAUUAUUAUUAACACGAAAGAUAUAAAUAAACUCCACAGGUGAUGGCUAAGCCUCGGAAAAGAGGGUUAACUUAACGACCUGUGGAGAGAAAACACACCUUAUUGGACAUUCCAGAGGUGUCCUGGGGCUUAACCCCUAAACGGCAAAUAACAAAAAAUAAUACAACUCUAACCACUAGAUGCUGAGGUCCAGAAAUACGAGUGUAAUCUGGAACUAUAAUGUCAUAGGGUAAGUCUGUAAACUUUACAAAAAGGUACAUAGCGUGUAUCCCCUCUAAAGUGCCUGGGACAAUUCAAAAAUACAAUAAUACAGUUAAAAUAAUCAAAGUAAGAUCAGCGCUAAUAAUGCCACAGAAAGUAUGUAAAGUAGUGAAGAGGCAGGGUACCCUUCUAUCCCCUAAAGCUUAAAGAGAAAUGGAAAAAACUAAGGAAGUACAAUAAAAUAGAAAUUGGGAUAAAAAGUCCAAGGUAAUAGUCGACAGAUAAAUGAAGAAUGUUCUCUGUAGCGUAAUAUGGUUUCGUCCCAGAUGAUGACUUUUAUUUUCAAUGAGCCAUAUGUUGAAAAAAGUAGAAAGGACAACCGAUGGUACAGUAUGUAGGUAUAGAUGAAUAUACAUGUAAUAAAUUGGAAUUACUCACAAUUUCCAGAGCUAAAAUCCAGCUCUGGUAUGAAAUGCGUGAAGUGGAAUGAUCCCCACUCAAGGAUAUAUGGAGCAGUAACUUGCAAAAUAGGUGGUCCACCAAGGAUUCCGACCGAAAAUUAAAACAGAUAAAAUAUACAGUGCUCCCUGUAUAAUAUGAGUAAAAGUAAAAGAAAAGUAUGAAAUGUACUCACAAUAUAUUGAGCAGUCCUCUCUGCUCAAUGUUUAGCGUAUGGGUGGUAUAAUCCCCACCUAAGGAUUUUACCGUAAAUUCGUGUUGGUUCAAGUUAGUCAGGUAUAAAAAUAAAAUUAAGUAAAAAACAGGAAUGUGGCGAUAAAAUAUUUCAGGCCAAAAUUCCUUUAUCAUGACAAUAUAAAAACUAUUAAAACAAAUUCUAAACGCGUUUCACCCACAACAGGCUUCUUCAAGUAGAAUAUAAUAAAAACAGUAACCUGACUGACAAUGCUUUAUAUAGGGUUUAUUAAAUGUACUGGAAUUUGAAUAUUCCUGCCAAAAUGACAUCAUCACAAACUGAAUUUUAAAAUACAUAUUAAAAUAAGAUAACAGUAAUAUCAAUAACAUAUACAUACAUGUAGAAAUAAAUUAUAUACGUAUUUUGUGGAAAACGAGAUGUAGAUUUUAGUUACAAGUGGAGAUCACGUGACGCGCGGCAUAAAAUUACUUCCGCGUCACGUGGGCGCAAUGAAACGCCUGCGUUCCAAUAACGGAACACAUGUGUACAGAGACAAGGUGCCGGCCGGGUGGAAACAGAAGAGCACCACGUCAUCAGAGGGUAGGAACCCUCUGAUGAUCGUGGAUGCUAGAAGCAGGCUGUGAGCAUGCCAUCUGCUCAAAUUUUAGCUCUGGAAAUUGUGAGUAAUUCCAAUUUAUUACAUAUAUAUUCAUCUAUACCUACAUACUGUACCAUUGGUUGUCCUUUCUACUUUUUUCCACAUAUGGUUCAUUGAAAAUACAAGUCAUCAUCUGGGAUGAAACCAUAUUACGCUACAAAGAACAUUCCUCAUUUAUCUGUGGACUAUUACCUUGGACUUUUUUAUCCCAAUUUCUAUUUUAUUGUACUUUUUAGUUAUAUAUUUAUGCAUUUUUAUUAAAGGCGCGCCCUAUUUCCUUUGUUUUUUUCCGUUUCUCAAUAAUACAGUUAAAUCCUGUAGGCUACCCUCCUAAAUCACCGGUCCGUGGGUAUAGUUCAGCAGACACCUGACUUUAUUGUCUAUAGGGUGGGUCAAUGUCUGAAUUAUUAUAUACUCAAAACGGAUCACAGGUUUCGGUCCUACUAUGUCAAAUAUCCAUAUACCUAAUAGGUAAAUCGCUAGUCAAUGGAGCUCUAUCAAAAUAAGGAGCUUCCCUAUGUAGGCAACUGACUAGACGAUCUGAGAAAUGUGUAUAUAUGUAGGAUAAUAAACAACAGUGUCAAACCACUGUAAAAGGAUGGGUACUGAGUCUAAACAGCAGCUCUGUGGAAAUGAGGAGCUUCCUUGCAUUGUAAACUGGCUAGACCAACUAAAAUAUGUGUCUAUAUGCUAGAUAAUGAAAAACAAUGUUAAUACAUUGUAUGAGAAUUGAUACUGUAAAAAAACAGUAGCUAGACAGAUAGAACAUAUAUAGUAGCUAGUAUUCUGUACAGCAAAGGACUGGAAUGACCUUGAAUUUUUCAAUCCUUCUUGUUGCUGGUGCUUAAACCUCAGGAUAUCCUUGAAUUAAUGUAAAAAGUAGGACUGGAAAGGAGGAAAGAAGAAUAAGAAAAAACUUACAUAGUGCUAAUGUGCAGAACCAUACUUAGAGUGUUGGUUGCCUGCACAUGGUGAUAGUGCCCUGUGAGAAAUAAGUGAGACGAAAGAAAAGAACCCUGUUCUUUGGUGUCAGUGUCUUGCUUGCAAUACGCAUGCACGAAUGGUGCAAAACUGCAGCACAAGAUCUGGGCCUUUAUAAAUUCCUGUAAUCUUUGGAUCACUGCCCUUUCGUGUUUUCUCAUAGAUCUUGAGCGUGUCAUAAUGCUUACGCCCUUAACCCUGAGCUUCUCAAUUACUGUUUAUUGUGUUUUGUACCCGGCUAUGUUCCUGAACUCAAGUUUUGUUUCUGUCCUCAAGUUUACCAGUUUCAGUUACUUCCCUGACUCUGAGUCUAGCUUGUUCCGUAUUGAGUUUUCUCUCUAGUUUCAGUGGUCUCCUGGAAUGAAUUAUUAUUAAAUCUAAGUCUGAUACUACUACUAAUGUAUAUACUAAGUGUUCAGCACAGUAAGUGUAAGGUCCAUUAUUAUGCCUUUCGAUCUUCCCCACUGUGACUUCGGUCCUUAGGAAGGUUGUUGACAUAUCUUGUUGAUCCUCUUGUAUUCUGAUAACAUAUAGUUAUCUAUUUUAAGUGUCUCAAAAAGAGAUAGAGUUAGUGUGAAAAGUAAGCACCAACAUGAAACCUAUUUAGGGUGGUUUAUAAGAAAUGUGUAUGAUUAUGUCAUCUUCCUCUUCCAAGAACAGAAAUACCACUGUGUUUGGUACGUUACAACCAUUACCUUGUUAUCUACAUUACCACCAGAUCACAUUAACUUAUGUAAUACUGUUGUUUACAUUUGCUUAUAAGUAUUUUACGUGUGCACCCCAGACAUAGUAUACCUUUUGUGGGUUUUGAUUUUUGAUACUUGAAGGAGCUGAUGUGUGUUAAUCUUCUUUAACUCCAUCAAAACCAUUGUGCUCAUCUUUAAGGGCUCAAUAUAACAUAACCUUAAUUUUCUGCAUGAAACAUUAAGGAGGUGAAAUAAGUCAGCUGUUACUAGUCUUUCAAGUUAACAACUAGCACUGAGAAAAAAAAAUGUCUAUAAUUUGAAAAAGGCUUAAACAGCAAUAGUUUGUUUUUUUAGACAUUUAUUUAUUUUCCUAGGUUGAGAUCCCACGUGUAGACAGAUGUGAGCUGAUGCUCUACUGAGAUUUAAAUAUGUCAAUGUGCAGCUGGGAGGGGACUGGACUAUAUAACUAUAACGAAAACCACAUAGCAAAACCAACUGGCACUAACUAACUUUGAAGAAUCCAAUGUAUGAUAAUGCAUUCAACAAAAAGGUAUGUGCUUUAGUACAUUUAGUACAUGAGUACACCAGGGCAUUAAAGAAAUGGUGAACAAAUAAAGGAUAGGGAAUGUGUUUCAGAGAAAGCUAGUAUGCUAUCACAGCAACAUGAUAUUACAUAAUAAAGUGAUAAUAAAUUAAUGAUCAAACUUGCUCAAAUAUAUUCACAAAACAGAAGCUACUUCAUGUGUAGUUUUAUUUUAAUUUUCUUGUGAUUCCCAUGCUUUUAUUUGCAAAGCACUCCUGAUAACUUCAUGUCCUAUAAGAUAACAUUACAAUUUGAAAUUUAAAAUUGUUUUGAAUUAAGAAAUUGCUUUGUGUCACUAGAAUAUUUAGCAUAACACAAAACACCUAUUAGUCUAUGCCAGAGUGAGAGUAAGAAAUGUCAGAUUCAUGACAGAACGCUAAAAUAAUAAUCACUAAGCAUCUGCAAAUAGGUGAACAUGUUAGAAAUACAAGGUAGUCUGGUAUUUAUACAUAUUUAGUGAUAUUUUUUACUCGUGCAUAAUGCUAGUUAUUUUUAUGGCUGCUAUGUAGUCAGAAUUUAUAGAUAUUACAAUAUGAUUAUUAUAUAAUAUUAUAUUUUAUUGCACAUAUGUGCUUCACAUGGCAUCCUAAUUCAUCUUUCCUAAGGUGCAAAACAUUCUGGGACACACUAGAAAAGUUGCUAUGUAGGACAAAUACAAGUACAGAUCUGCAGUGGAACCAGGCAUAAGGUGAUCAUUUUUAAUAUAACAGCUGUUAUUCAGCUAGCAUGAUGUAUGGAUAAAAUAACUAUUAGACUUGUAAUGCACUUUAUGAUGUUAAGCAUUCCAAACACAAUGAUACAGAUUCACACACUUAUGUAUGCACCUCACCUAUGUCACUUUCACCUCAGAAUUCAGAAUCACUGCUCAUUCUCAUGUUCUCUGCUGCAAUACUCAUUUCUCACACCUUCAUCUUCAACAGACUUUAUAGAUGACUCCCUCCUGCUUAGCCUUCUGUAACAUGCCUUCAUUCCACUUCAGUAAAUUCAAAUUACAGCUGCCCAUAUCUUUUGCAACACGUUACAUACAGUCUGCCUCUUCCACACACAACUGUCAAAAACUCUAAACUUUCAUAUGUCUCAUCACUAUUGUGAUAUCUCUUCCCAUCCUCUUUGCUUCAUCACUUUUAAAUCCCUUAGCCACUCUAUUUUUUCUUCUCAAAUUUCACCCCUAGCUCUCUUCUGCAGAAAUGAGUUCAUUCUCCCCAUCCCAUUGGCUAUUUAUUAUCUUCUAAGUACUUGGUUCUGUUAUGGACUCCCUCAAUCCACCUUUUCUCACCAUAUCCUCUUCCACUUCUGACAUUUUUCCCAUCUGUGUAACAAUCACCCAAUGCAAAGCCACUCCACCAGCUGCAUGUCAACCCUUUUAGAUUCUUUCAUACUUUGUUAUUUACUUGCCUUUCGAAAGCUAUGUAUAGCUUUAUAAAUGAUUAAAGGGUUAAUCAAACUCACCAAGGGCCAUGCACAGUCCAUUCAAUGGCUUCUCAUAAGGACCAUGUUUUGAACCAGUGAGAGGAAGGAGAGAGCGAGGGUGGAAAUUACGAGCACUAUGCAUGAUAUAGAGAAGUGAGGAUGGCUGUCCUCAAUGAAAAAGGGAGAGAGAGACAAACACUUUCACUUCCAGGCACUGCCUGCACAGGAUAAGCUUAAUACAUGUCACGUGUGCCGAAAGUGUAACUCGCCCCUGACACAAAACUGAAUAUAGCUCUGAAAUGCUGCAUAUACAGACUUCUACCAUCAUAACCAUGUCUUAAAGCAGAAGAUAUAAUCCACAAAUGUAAAAAAGUAAUGAAAAAGUAACACAUUUAUUGAAAAAAGUAAUAGAAGUAAAUACACAUGGUAUCACACUGUAACAGCAGUCCUCGUGCUCAUGUAUGGUAAGGUAGUUCCAAUGUCACAUGUACAAAAUAGUAUCAAGUGUGUAAAAUAACUCAGUAUCCAAAGAAACAAAAAAUUUAUAAAUACUGAGUGAAUGAGCUACCUGAAGCUACUGUUCAGGGGAGAGACCACUGUGACGAAGUGCCCUUUGCCACUUGUUCCUGGAGGGGACUACUGGCUAGCCUCCUGCCUUCCGACUAUGGCCCAUGUGCUGAUAGCUGUAUUUUCCCCUGCAGAAAGGUUUAUUUGUGUAUUUCUGCCAGGGCGUUCUGGACUUUCAGUAUGGUAGUAGUGCUACCCCAGAUAGCUAUGCCAUGGAGCCUAUUCGUGUAACAAAAGACUAUGGAAAAGACUUUGGCUCCAUGGCGAUUGAACUGUAUGUAUGUGAUUUCGUAAUAAUGUGCGCUCAGAUCUAAGCUAUCUGCGGAUAUGUUGCAUGUAUAUGUUUUAUGUAGUAAUUGUAACAUUGUGUAAUUUUAUGUCAUUUUGCUGCCAUGUGUUCAAUGGAGUUUUGCCUCUGUCCUUGGAGAUAAUUGGAUUACUUCCCAAUUAUCUCCAGGAUAGAAGACACUGUGGAACUAGUUUUGGGCAGAAAAGCGAUGCUUCAUUGGUCACAAAGGACUUCCGGCUAACUUUUGAACUAAUGGAAGGAUUUGCAUGAUUUUUGGUUAUGUUUAUAUUUAAAGUAUGCUGAUUUGGAAUAUGUGAAUAGGAUGCAUAUUAUUAAAGUUACAGUAUAUGUGUAAAAAGUGUAUUUUUUACUGCCUGUGAUAAAUUACAUUAACCCAUUGUGUUCAUUAAUUAUAUCACAGGCAGAGGGGAGGGAUUGUAUUUUGGGGCUGGGUGUGUUUUACGGUUUUCCUGUAAAUGAUUGGUUGUACUGUGUCCCACCCUGUGAGAUGUCCCCUUGCAUGGGGACUUGCAUAAAAGCCAGUAUGUGGUCAUUAAAAGAUCAGAUCAUCUUGUACCUUUCUUGAAGCCUUGGCUCAUGUUUGGGGGAUUGGAGAACUACACUCUGGAGAUUGCUAUAAUCACUAUACUCCCUAGGGUAUGAUCACUAAGCUCUGCUUGUUCCUGUUCCUGCUCUCUGAGGAAAGAGAGUUUAACCCACUGGAAGCUGGAUCCUGGCCUUGGGUCCAGGGUGGGUGGGGUCUGCAGUGCUGAUGGUGUCGGUUGGAGUGCUUAGAGUCCUCAGCGAGCACUAGGCGCAUCGAUUGGCGGAGGUACUCAGUCGGAGUGCCAACGGUCUGUCACAACCACCUAAGAAGACCACCCAGAAAACGGUAAGUAACACCCUGGAUGAGUUUCACUCCCCACUUGGUGCUUUCUCAACAUUAACUCAAACUCAAUUUAAAGCAGAAGAGGUAGUGAUGGUUGGAGUAGCCCAUAAUUAUGUAUAAUGAACUCAGUAGUUUAACUGAACUUUGAAGACUGUAUCAUUGCUUGUCUGUUUAAAGUGCUCUUGAUAAAUUUUUAAUAAUAAAAUAAUAAAAUACAUUUCUCUAAUCUCUCCAUACUUUCAAUUCACCAGUUGACUUGACAUAUCUCAGGUGCAGAGGACUUGAUGACAACCCAGAAUCAUACAAUGUUUAGUCUUGUUGGAAUUACACUUGGCCCAUGGAAACAACAAUGCAUUUUUGUGAUUUUCCUAUUACUUUAUUCUAUGUCUUUAAUGGGUAACUUGACAAUUAUUACUGCUAUCUGUCUGGAUAAAUGCCUCUACAGUCCAAUGUAUUACUUCCUAACCAGCUUGGCUUUCUUUGACAUUUGCUUCAUAUCCUGCACAGUUCCCAAGAUUCUCGAUCUCUUAGUCAGUAAUAACAGAUUUAUUUCCCUGCCUGCAUGUGUUCUGCAGUUCUACAUAUAUGUGUCUCUUGGUGCCACUGAGUUUUGUCUUCUGGCUGUCAUGUCUGUUGAUAGGUAUAUGGCUAUUUGCCAACCAUUAAUAUAUCACUCCAUCAUCACCAGCAGGACCUGUUAUUGGGCGGUGCUAAUAUCUUGGAUUGGUGGGUUCUUUAUUUGUAUCUCUCCUGCAGUUUUAAUGGGUAAAAUGCUCUUCUGUGGUCCUUAUGAAAUCAAUCAUUUUUUCUGUGACAGCUCUGCUGUGGUGAAGAUUAGUUGCUCUGAUAUCCAAGCCUUUGACCUGGUAUUCUCAAGCAUUGCCACAGCUGUAAUUUUGGGUUCUUUAACCAUAACACUCUUUUCUUACUUCAAGAUCAUUAUCACAGUCAUGAAGAUACCAUCAUCCAGUGGUAGAAAAAAAACCUUCUCCACCUGUACAUCUCACUUCAUUGUGGUCUCCUUGGCUUAUGGUAGUGCUAUGUUUAUAUAUGUACGACCAGUUGAAAGUUCUUCUCCUGACCAUAAUAAGAUAGUAGCUCUUUUUAACAGCGUCAUUACUCCUAUGUUGCAUCCCUUUAUAUACAGUAUACGCAACAAGCAAGUGCAAGACAUAAUCAAACAUAUGUGGACAAAGUUUGUACAAUCAAAUUCUAUAAGACAUUAGAAAACUAAGUCAUAUGGAUUGUCAAUGAUAAUUUAAAUAUUAUUCAAAUGUGAUUUGGGAAUUAAUUCAAUAGCAAAUAUGUGUACAUAGAGACUAGUAGUGAGAUUUAUUUAUUGUUUAGGUAAAAAGCACAGCUCUAUUGCAAAUAUGUAUAUUUAAAGUUUUUAGAAUAUUUGUGAAAAUAUUUGUGGACAAUUUUAUAAAACUGAGACAACGUCUCUUUUAAUAUAUCCAAACAUAUAGUAAUGAAAAAUAUAUUUCUGAUUUUGUGUCUUGUGUUUAAGAUUAUUUCAAACUUCCUUGCACAAUUAUUGGGAAGCAAAUUUCUAUUCAAUGAUGAUCUAUUAUAUUUUAAUAAUACUGAGAAUAUAGCUUACAUUCAAUCUAUUUCCUCUUAGUCAGACUUGAUGCUACAACUUUCUUAAUUCUGUAGUACAAUACAAUGAUCAGUUACAACAUGAAAACCACUGACAGAAAUAACUGAUUAUAUUAUUACAAUGUCACCUGUCAAAGGGUGGGAUAUAUUAGGCAGCAAGUGAGCAGUCAGUUCUUGAAUUUCAUGUGUUGGACGCAGGAAAAAAGAGCAAGCAAAAAGUAACUUUGACUAGGGCCAAACAUUGAUGACUAGACAACUGAGUCAGAACCUCUCCAAUAUUAUUUGAUAAUAUAUUUAAGACAGUGGGGGAAAAAAGUAUUUGAUCCCCUGCUGAUUUUGAACAUUUGCCCACUGACAAAAAAAUGAUCAGUCUAUAAUUUUAAUGUUCGGUGUAUUUUAACAGUGAGAGACAGAAUAACAAAAAAAAAAAAAAGAUCCAGAAAAAGGCAUUUCAAAAAAGUUUUCAAGGUUUCAAGGCUGAUGUUUGGCAACUCGAACCUUCAGCUCUCUCCACAGAUUUUCAAUGGGAUUGAGGUCUGGAUACUGGCUAGUCCACUCCAGGACAUUAAUGUGCUUCUUCUUGAGCCACUCCUUUGACUUGGCUGUGUGCUUUGGGUCAUUGUCAUGCUGGAAUACACAACCCAUUUUCAAUGCCCUGGCUGAGGGAAGGAGGUUUUCAUCCUAGAUUUGACGGUAUAUUGCCCCGACCAUCGUCCCUUUGAUGCGGUGCAGUUGUCCAGUCCCCUUGGCAGAAAUACACCCCCAAAGCAUAAUGUUUCAAACUCCAUGUUUGAUGGUGGGGAUGGUGUUCUUGGGGUCAUAGGCAGCAUGCCUCCUCCUCCAAACACGGCGAGUUGAGUUGAUGCCAAAGAGUUUGAUUUUGGUCUCAUCUGACCACAACACUUUCACCCAGAUCUCAUCUGAAUCAUUCAGAUGUUCAUUGGCAAACUUCAGUCAGGCCUGUACAAGUGCAUUUUUGAGCAGGGGAACUUGCAGGCGCUGCAGGAUUUCAGUACUUAACGGCAUAGUGUGUUACCAAUUGUUUUCUUGGUGACUAUGGUCCCAGCUGCCUUGAGAUCAUUAACAAGAUCCUCCUGUGUAGUUCUGGGCUGAUUUCUCCCCGUUCUUAUGAUCAUUAAAACUCCACGAGGUGAGAUCUUGCAUGGAGCACCAGACCGGGGAAGAUUGACAGUUAUUUUGUGUUUCUUCCCUUUGCGAUUAUUCGCACCAACUGUUGUCAUCUUCUCACCAAGCUACUUGGUGAUGGUCUUGUAGCCCAUUCCAAUCUUGUGUAGGUCUACAAUAUUGUCCCUGACAUCCUUGGACAGCUAUUUGGUCUUGGCCAUGGUGGAGAGUUUGGAAUCUGAUUGAUUGAUUGAUUGUUUCUGUGGACUGGUGUCUUUUAUACAGGUAAUGAGCUGAGAUUAGGAGCACUCUCUUUAAGAGUUUACCUGUAUAAAAGACACCUGGGAGCCAGAAAACUUGCUGAUUGAUAGGGGAUCCAAUACUUAUUUCACUCAUUGACUUGCAAAUCAAUUUAUAACUUUUUUGACAUGGGUUUUUCUGGAUUUGUUUUCUUGUUAUUCUGCCUCUCACUGUUAAAAUACACCUACCAUUACAAUUAUAGACUGAUCAUUUCUUUGUCAGUGGGCAAACGUUCAAAAUCAGCAGGGGAAAAAUACUUUUUUCUCACAUAUAUACAUACAAAUAUAGUUAAUAUGAAAGUUAUAUACACACACAAAUAUAUAUGUCUCUCUAUAUACAUGUGUGUGUGUGUGUGUGUGUGUUUGUGUGUAUAUAACUUUGAUAUUAAAGUUGGCCAUUAAAAUAGUUUAUGUUUUCAUGGCAAGCCUUUACGUUACUACACUGAACAAAAUUAUAAACGCAACACUUUUGUUUUUGCCCCCAUUUUUCAUGAGCUGAACUCAAAGAUCUAAGACUUUUUCAAUGUACACAAAUUUGUCUAAAUCUGUGUUAGUGUGUGACUCAACCCUACACGGUGUCCUAGGUACUGUACUUCGGCCAUCCCUAGGUGGCACUUGCUGGGCUUUAGGGUCAAUCAUGCCUCCCUAAUCCUAUCUAGUACAGCUCGUACAUGUACCAGAUGCUCUUCCCAAGUGUCGCUGUAUACAGCAAUGUCAUCCAGGUAUGUGCAGGCAUAGUCCUGGAGGCCAUCCAAAAUUUGAUCCACCAUCUUUUGGAAAGUGGCUGGGGCAUUCUUCAACCCAAAUGGCAUAACCUUAAAUUGGUACAGACCAAAUGGGGUGACAAAGGCCGUCUUGGGAACAGCAUCUGUCAUUCCUUGCACAGAUCUAUGGCAGUGAGGUACUGGCCCCUAGCCAUCCGAUCCAGCAGCUAAUCUAUGCAGGGCAUGGUGUAGGCAUCGACUACUGUCUUGUCAUUGAGCCCAGCAGACCUUUAUGCAGCCAAUUAUGUAUCUGUCUGGAAUAGCUGCCGUUCACUACUACACAAAUGGAAAUUGCUUGGACGGAGAGAGUUGUGGCUUUCAAAACGUCCAUCCUACCAAAAUUACUUUACCUUUUCCGCACUCUUCCCAUUACCCUUCCCCCUUCAUAUAUUAAACAUAUGCAGUAAGAUCUCCACAACUUUGUUUGGAUGGGUGGGAGACCAUGAGUAGCUCUAAAACUACUGAAUGCACUGAAAAAUGUUGGAGGACUGACACUUUUAAAUGUCCAGACAUAUUACCACGCAACAAGACUUGCCACUGCUCUUCCACAAUUUUUAACUGGUUAUCCUCCAGAAUGGGUCACUCUGGAAAGACUGCACAUAGCUCCUCAUGAUCUCGCUAACAUUCUGUGAUUACCAAAACAUCUCUGCCCUUCCAUCCAGUCUGCUCCUGCAUCUGUCAGAUUUCCCUUGCAGAUUACCCUCUGCCUUCAACUUUUAAACCGAUCUCCACGUGCUCUCCCAGCAUACUCCUAUUUCAGAUUCUAGUCCAGCACAGCAAUAGCAACUGUACUUGCAUUGUACAAUUUACCCAAAACACUGGGAAUAUAUUAUCAAGUUACCCAGAAAAUCGAUCAAAUCAUCUGCACAUAUUGAACAACAUUGUAAAACAUUGUAUCGCUGGUAUAUGGUACCUAGUAGGUUACAUAGACUGUACCAUAUUGCCUCUCUGCAAUGCUGAUGAUGCAAUCUCUUUAAGGGUAACAACCUUAAACGUGUGGUGGUAAUGUGCCAGUCUCCAACAAUUCUGGACCUUUAUCCACACUAUAGUUUUACACCUGACGAAAUGUUUAUUACCUAUUUCCCCUCGCACUUAACUCACUUUAGAUACCCCUGACACGUUAUCUAAAUCACAAUUGAAAUUGGCUUUGCAUAUUGCCCUGACUUACCAAUGGUUGAUAGCAAAGAUCUGGAAAUUUCAGGGGACACCGACUCUAUCUGUACUGCUCUCUGGACAAACAAUGCUCCUAUGAGAAGUACAUUAAGCCAGUAUUCUCUCCCUCAAACACAUUUCAAAGAGUAUGGGACCUGUGGGACAUCUGGAGAUCAGGAACCUGACAAAUUUGUAGCUGCAUUUUAUUAUUUAUUUGACACCCUGCUGUUAAGUUGAGGUAUAUGCUUUACUAACCAGAAGCAUGGGGGCCUGCUAUAACUGUGUAUCCAGUGCAAAAUAUUUCUCUGUUUUUCUAUGUUUUUAUGCUUAUACGAGCAUUAUCAGAUUGUGUUGGUGACAUUUCCCCCCUUACAUUUUCUUUUCUGUACCCCUACUUCUUUGAAACUUAAUAAAAAUUUCAAAUGACAAAAAAAGAAAGAAAACUGAGAGCAUUUUCCAAACAAAUGAGUGGUGAAAGGCCAGAAUGUAGUAAAUAGUCUGUUUUAUGAGUUCUAGAUUAUGCAAUCUGUAGCUUCUCCAGAAAUCCACUAUACAUAGCUGUGAUGAAAGUCAAAAUGUCUCAAAGAAAAAACAGUAGAAGACAAUCAAGUUGGAUAAAGUUAAAAGGUAUGACCAACCUUCCCUUACAGAAAUAUUGGGUGAAUAAAAAGCUUUAGACUGCAUACAGUAUCUAUUAACUUGCAAUAUUUCAAAGAGAGUCUGAAAUAUUAGUACAAAAACACAUAUUUCUUGCAUACAGUAUGUGUCAAAAUUAGAUUAAUAAAAAUGGUUAAACAACCUGCUUGUAAGUUUUUUUAAGGACCCUGAUGGCAUCACCAGAGGUAUGGUUUACUGAUAACUGCAACAAAAUAGGUCUGCAUUUGGGUAUAACACCGACAUGCAGUAGAUACAGUUUACCUCUUAGUUCUGACAAAAACAAAACAGAAUUUGAGCUAUAUGUGUGUUUAACCAUAAUUUACCUCUCUUUACCUCUCUCAUAUUAAGUGCACCAACACUUAGUAUAUAUAAUUUGUUCAGAAGGAACAGAGCUUUCAUUUCAAAUCAAAUAUUUAUAAAUGGAACACAAUUUAAUUGAAUAAAAUCUAAAAAAAAAGUAUAAGAAAUUACGACAUUGUAUUAUUUUUUAUCUUCUUCAUGGUAUUUUAUAAUAUAUGAAAAACUUUCAGUAAUUCUGGAAACAUUUUGCGCCUGUCCUGGUGUUUUAUCAAUAUAAACAUUUUAGAACAAUUAAGAUGUAUAUAAAGGAAUCAUGUGAGUAAAGGGAGGGAUAUACCCAUCUCACCCCACUCAGGAAUAAUACCUUCCAUUUUUUGCAGUACACCUCUGCAAUCAAACCAAGAAGAAAAGAGGGUGGAAAUGUUUAAAAUUCAAUUACACAAACUGACAGUAUUUCCAUACUACCAACAUGUAGCAUAUAUUUAAUAUCUAUUUUAAUUCUAAGUGUAUAUUUAAUUAUAUAUAUAUAUAUAUAUAUAUAUAUAUAUAUCAAAAUACACUAAGAAUGAAAUUAUAUAUAUAUAUAUAUAUAUAUAUAUAUAUAUAUAUAGUCUCCAAAAGAAAGCCAGCACUCAAGGAUAUGUAGGCUUUUAAUCCAAGCAGUAAGUCAAUGUUUCAGUUCACUACAAUGAACUUUCCUAAGGACUUCCAUCAAACUGUAUAUAUAUAUAUAUAUAUAUAUAUAUAUAUAUAUAUCAAAGUAUUCUGGGUACUCACCCCUUGUAGUAUGCAAUGGAAAAACUUGCCUUGGUGCAACCCGUGUUUGUAUAUAAUUUGAAGGAAGGAGGGUGCACUCUCCAGGUCUUUUGAAUGUGAUUUAUUAAAUAAUUACAUAAAUUCUGUUCCAAUCGACAUUUCGACCCCAAUGGAUCUUCCUCAAGAUCAAGUGUACAGUGCAAAUAAUACAGUUAUAUAGUAAAUGUGUAAAUUAACUUACCAAUUACCGAGUGCAUGCUGCCCGAUCUCCCUCAAACCCGGAAGUGGACAGGCAGGAUACGUGACGUGCGUAAGUGACAUGGUUGCUAAGAUACAAGACAACAUUGAUUACAUUACAUCCUUGUGAUAACUUCACUGGCCACUCCUUAGAUUGCUGUUAGAGAUCCUUCCUGGGUCAUGGCUGCCUAAAAUGCAUCCAAACAUCCGGUGUCUCCUCCCUCUGCAUGCAGACACUGAACUUUCCUAAUAGAGAUUCAUUGAUUCAAUUCAUCUCUAUGAGGAGAUGCUGAUUGGCCAGGGCUGUGUUUGAAUCAUGCUGGCUCUGCCCCUUAUCUGCCUCUUUAUCAGUCUCAGCCAAUCCUAUGGGGAAGCACUGUGAUUGGAUCAGGCCACCACUUCUAAUGAUGUCAGCAGACUGCUUGUUUUUCUUAGUCUAACAGCAUGCAGAGCAACAGCUUCAGGCUUGAAUACAGUAGGAUUUUACUAUAUUUAUGGAGGCAUGACGGGCCCAAGGGGGCUAGAUGGUGGUGUUAACACUAUAGGGUCAGGAAUACAUGUUUGUGUUCCUGACCCUAUAGUAAUCCUUUAACUUACUAAGAAGUUAUAUAUAAUGAAAAAAUGAUAAAGAUUUGGAUAGAUAACUGAAUGCAAAUAUCUAAAUAAUGGGGACAACAUAGAAAAGUGUACAUUAAUUAUUAAGGACUAUGAUUGUCCAUAAAGUCCUAAAUAUAAAUUAUAUACAUUCUGCUUGUUCACAGGUAUUAAACUAUUCUAUACAAUAAUCAUUCAUAGAAGCAUAGAAUAUGUGAUGCAUUUGACUCUUUUAGGUUAACUCUUUUAGGUGCAGCUUUUUUCAGAUGGUGGAUCCAGACAGCUUCUCGCUGAAGAAGCAAUCUGGAUCUGUCUCCUCCUUGUGGCAUCAGAGGGAUAUGGUCUAUGGCCAUGAAAUGCAAAGUGGGUAAUCUGUGCAGAGCAAGUAGAAAAUGUUUGGCCACAGGUUUAUCUGUCCGUUGAUCCCUAAACGCUGUGGUAAUUGCAGAUCUAUGUUAUCUGAUACGGUCAUGAACCGUUAAGUCGGUCUUGCCCACAUAAAAUAGUCCACAUGGACAAGUGGUUAGAUAUAUGACAUGGUCAGUGGUGCAUGUAAUAUAGUGUGAGAUAGGUAUCCUUUUGCCACUGUGAGGGUGAGCAAAUGUGGUUCCACUGAUCAUGUGGCUGCAUGUCACGCAGCCACUACACUUAUAACAUCCUUUUUUUUGUUCCAUUGGUUUCUUGUAACAGUGGGAUGGAUCGCUAUGUAUGCCUUAAGAUUAACUUAGAAUUUCCCAUAGUGCCUGUUUACCCUGGCCAUGGGGUAUGAUAGUGUACAGGCUUUGUACAUCUAAUGUCGCCAAGGUGAUCUCUUUAUCUUGUAUCCAUACUUGAUUGAUUUUAUUAAAAAAAUCACUAGUAUCUCAAAGGCAUGUUGGAAGAUCCAGAACAGAAUCUUUGAUAUAGAAAUCAAUGUAUCUCACUAUUGGUUCAAUUAGGCUGUCUCUUCCAGAGACAAUCAGUCUCCCAGGAGGGUUUUCUGCAUCUUUGGUAUUGUAUAUAAUACCGGAUGUUUUGGGUGUUCCAUAUAUAGAUAUUUUGAAGUUUUGUUGUCUAAGUAUCCUAAUUGAACUCCCAAUGUAAUCUGGUUAUUGUGUCAGUUAAUUGUCAAAGAAUUUCCUCACAAUAUUUAUCAUAAGCCAUUAUGACAAUACCUCCACCCUUUUCUGCAGGACAAAUAAUAAUUUGAGGGUCUUUUUUGAGGUAAUUUAGUGCUGCUUUUUCUAUUGUGGUGCGUUUCUGUCUAUGAUCAGGUGGAUUUUUGACAGUAAUCUCUGUCUCUUGUUUUACUGCCUGCAUGAAUGUCUUGAUUGAAUGAUUUGUAGUCUUGAUAUCUUUUUUGUAUCUGGUAUAGAAAGGAGCUUUAUGUGUAUCUGUAUAUUCUUUUUCUGUCUCAUUACUAUUCCAGGUUCUUUGCAGUUUGAACAAUUCUAUGUCAGUUUGGAAGGGAUCUGGUCUGGUAACUUGGACAGAUGUAAGUACGUUCAUUAAAACAGCAUAAUGUGCUUGAGUUAAUUCUUUAUCUGAUAGAUUAAAGGCCAUUGUUCCCCCCGUAAGAAGGGUGGAUUUUUCCAUCUUCCCUGUAUUUUUUGUGUCCCAUCUGUCCCCUCCUAGGGAUUGCGUUCUUCUGUAUUCCUUCUUUGAGGUUCCCGAUGAUUCGUGUGGAUCUGAACUUUGUACUAAAAAAGAACUAAGUUGUGUUUUGGUAGUAUCCUCUCUCCCUUCUGCAUCAGAUGCAGAUUCUCCAGAACUUACUCCACUGUGUGGAAUGUAGGCUUUCGUAUGUGGUAUUUAUAUCUCAGAAUCAUAUCUCUGUUUGAUAAUUGUGUACCACUAAGCCAUCUGUAUACUUGGUGAUACUGAUAGUCAUGAUUGACCUUGUCUAAUUUCUGUUUUUUAAAUUGGAUUAAAUCAUUUUUAUAUCUGUUGAUAUCAUCUUGUUGCUUUAACAUUUGCUCUGUUGCUGUGGAUGAUUGUAAAGUGAACACAUUCUAUACCUCAAAUUCUUGGAGUGAUUGUUUGACCAUGAGGAGUUCUUUACCAACUUCCUCCACUACUAUGACCAUCCAGUCUAGGGAACACUUGUUAGCUAUGUUCAUCUAUUUUCUGCAAAAUUCAGGAUCAUAGUCCUUAAUCAUUAAUGUAUACUUUUCUAUGUUGUCUCCAUUAUUUAGAUAUUUGCAUUCAGUUAUCUAUCUAUAUCUAUAGCAAUUUUUCAUUAUAUAUAACUUCUAAGUAAAUUAAUCUAAAAAUAUGUUUUUUAAGCAUAGAAUUCAAACGAUAUGGAUUCAUGGAGAUCAGCGUAUAGAUUAUGUUUCAGCUAGUUUUCCAUACUAUGUUUAAUUAUACGAAUAUGCAACAUAGAUAGAAAUACAAAUAACAAGUGAAUGUGGCGCUAAUUGCAAUAAUAGUGACCUAAUUAUACACAAUAGCACCUAUCAGUGUAUUAGCUCAUAAAACACAGACCUACAAACCAAACAGAAAAAAAUAUAAAGUGCCAAUUUUCUCAAUAUAUAAACAAAGUGAGAGUAGUGCAAAAACGUAUUUACUCUUUAAAAAGUACAAUGUGCAUUUACACUAAUGGUGUAAAAAAGUGCAAAAUGCAAAAACCACUUAAAGUGAUCCUGUGCACAUAAAUAAGAUAAAGUUUACUUACUCUAAUCACAUAUCUGAAGCGAACCUCAAUUCCAAAUGGUAAUACAUAGAAAAAUAGAAUACAAAAUAUAUAUAUAGUGAAGUAUUGCUUUAGAUGAAAAUAAUUUGAAGUGUGUUUAAAAUUGUUCACUCACAAGCAGAGAGCAGAUGCGCCUGCUCUACUUCAAACAGUCUCAAUAUGUAAUAAUGUCCUCUGCAGCCAAUAAGGUAAAACAAUUUAUUCCACAAUCACAAAACAGCAAACAUUAAAAAUCACCGGAUCCUUGUUUGAACUGUCCUUGUAUGAGUUCGUGCAGCCGCCGGUUAAAACAAACAGUCCGUGCACGCUCAAGUUUGGCAAUGUCCACAGGAUACUUCCAGGAGGCGGGACGUGCGUGAUGAUGUCACGUAGCGAGUCAGAUGACACGUUUAGCCGAGGGGGCGGCUUCUUCAGAUCUGAUUCCCAUCUUCCAUAACAGUCUUUUAUACCACCCCCGAGGGCGUGGUGUGAUAUACAGGUGGCUCCUUAUUGGCUUAAUUCACAAGCUAUUUGCAUAUAAACGAAGGACAUUACAAAACUAACUUGUAUUCAUCUAAUGUAUUUAAAUACCUUUCUGGGCUACUCCUCACAUCCAUAUGGCCAUACCAUUAUGGAUUUUCUUUAUAAAAUUAGCUAAAAAAUAUAUACAAAGUGCUAUCCUAGUACAGCAGCACCUACAUUUAAAGGUACAGUAAUCCUCAUUAAAAAGACAAUAACAACUACAUUACAGAGAGCAUAAUAAAUAUGUGUAUUCAUUUAAAAAUGGCUUAAAAUUACACAAUACAUUAUAGACAUUCUAGAAAGGGAUAUACUUAAUUCAAAAUGGGAGAAAAAGACAAACAUUAAGGUACAAUAAAGGUAAAGUAAUCCUCAUUAAAAAGACCAUAACAACUACAUAAAGGAGAGCAUUAUAAAUAUAUAUAUUCAUUCAAAAGUUGCUUAAAAUUCCACAAUACAUUACAGACAUUCUGGAAAAAAGAUACACCCAAUUAAAAAUGGGAAAAAACAUAAGAAUCUAUAUCCUGCUCAGGGGAAAAAAUAAAAACCAUGAUUACUAUAAAAUUAUAAAAAUGCCAUAAAACGCAUGUCUUAUAAAAAAUUAAAAAAAGAUCAAAUUCUAUAUUGAGUCCUCUUGGCUCCAGAGUUUCUAGGUUGUAAACCCAUCUCAUCUCUUCCCUUCCAAUCUCGUUGACAUGCUUCCCUCCUCGCCAGGACUUGUUAUAAUAAAAUCCUCACUUUUAUAUUUAGUCUUAAAUUUACUUACACCUUUAAGAUUUCUAUUUUUACUACAUUUGCAGCCCAUACAUAAACCACAUGAAAAAAAACCUUUUUCUCAUUUACAAAAGUUUUCUUUACUUCUCUUUUAGGGUGGUUAAAACUUAACAUCUGUUUAAAAUGUGGCGCUCCUCUAAAAGUAAUAAAAGGUUUAUCCGGAAGAAGUUUACAGAGUUCAUUAUCUUUUUUUAAAAUAUGCCACUGCUUCUUAACAAUAGAUUUGACCUUAUUAUAAUCUCUAUUGUAAUCAAAUACCAACAUAGUUAUAUUAUUUAUAUUCUAUUUCCCGAUCUGCCAAAUAGUAUUGUGAAAUUCAGAUAGACUUAUAAUGUAUUUAUUAAUUGUUUUUGUUUAUAUUGUAUAGCUCUAUUAUGGUAGGGAUCUAGGGACCAUUUUUUCUUUCACCCCUAUAACUCUCAGGCAUUUCUCUCACAGUUUUGUGUUUUAUUUACUUCACAUUGAUAUGUAUAGUUUCACUUUGCACUCACAUUCUGUCCUUGGCAAUCCCUAAUAGACAAUAUGGUAAAUAGCUACUAGAAUACAUUUUUAGUAAUCCACCGUAAGAAAUAAUCGAUCAGUUCUUUAUUCACUUCGUAACCAAACACGGGAUCGGGAACGAUCGGGACAGAAUUUAUAUAAUUAUUUAAUAAAUUACAUUAAAAAGAUCUGGAGAGUGCACCCUCCUUCCUUCGAAUUUUAUAUAUAUACAUACAAUGUAAAAUAUUACUUAGACUAAAAUGAUAAAUACACAAUUAGAAUUUAGGCAGUGAUUCACACUGCUAUUACGAUCAUAUGAUUGUGAAGUCAUCGUGAUCACAUGGGCUGUAUUGCUUGCACAGGGACUGCCUGGGUUGUCAGACAAUACCCCCAAAGAGGAUUGCCUCCAUAGGUAAGUAUGCCGCCCUAAUGGUGUUUAAGCCUACAUUGUGCAGGACGGCAUAGUAAGACAUAAUGACUUGAUGGGCUUAAUUUAUGUAGCUCUCAAAAAAAAUAUAUUUAAAUAAAAAGUUUUUCUAGCAAAACUAAUGUAUAGCAGAUUUUUGAGCAUUAUCAUUUAUUCCUCCCCCUAUGGUAAUGGUAGGAUUGCUGGAAUUUCCAUUAUUGUUGGAGGAUGUUUGUAAUUUUCACAAUAUUUGCAUACAUUAAAUUGGUUGAAAUAACUCCUGUUAAAGAAAUUUAUAACUCUACAAGCUGUUAAUCUUUCCUGAAGAUAUCCAUUAUAUGCAUGAAGGUAAAGGGGUGUUAAUGACUAAUUGUCAUGGUGCAAAACAAAUGAAAGUAAAAAACAAAACUAAAAAUGAAAAAUGUUUGUAUUAACGUGGUUAAAUUAUAUAUUUUCACUUUAUGAAUACAUGAUUACCUGUGUCAAUUAUUUACUUAAAAGAAGAAUAGACAAAUCAGAUACAAACAAGUAUUCACAGCAGUAACAUGACUAUGACUCUAUCUGUCUGUCUGUCUAUUAUGCUAUGUUAGAGUGCAUCCGGCUCCCCCCUUUUUUGCCAAUUGACCAACCCUCAACAGGGAAACAGGGCAACAAAAUAUAUUUACUUUGGUUGACAUGGCAGCAAAACAAAAUGUUAAACAUUUUCUUGUUUUUUUUUUUGUUUUCUUUUUUUCUUUUUUCAAUUAUUGUAGCAACCAUCAUGGCAACUGUCUUUGUCAGAGGAAUAAACAUCAAGUAUACAUGGGGGGGUGUGGCCUGGACGAGCAUGGUACAGGACGCACAGUAAAUGAGCUCCACACCCCAGGCCGAGAACUCUAGCAAUAUACAGCCCAUACACGGAGGAGAAUGGUCGGGAACAAGAAGAUAUCAGUAUCGGGGAUGCAGCCAACAAACUCCCCGCGGAGGAAUACGGGCCCGAUGGAUGAUUACAUCACAACGCCGGCGGAGCUGAGAGGCUCCCUCUCAGCCGAUGACAGACGGAACCCUAAAACUGACACUACAGCCUACUACGCAGUUCCAGGACACCCUUUGCCUCCAGUAUCACACUAGCCACCGCGGCCUGGGGGGGAGGGACGUGGAACAUAAAUUUCACUCACAUACUUCUAAGAUACAUACACACUCUGACUAGGGACCAUAAAACCCACCUGAGAUCUACACACAAUCUCUGCGCCUGGUCCUGUGCAGGUGCAGUCUGGGUCAGGCACCCCCUGACGGACGCUUAUACUGAACUGGUGAGGGGGCGGGUGUUUAACUCUUCACAGGGUGUACCGCACAGUGCCUCCGCCACAGGUGUCAAGUCAUAGAGGACCCCAUAAGAGGAGUCCCUAUAUUCAGGGACUUUUACCCCCCUCUGAAUCCUCACUACCCAGCCUCUGCCACCUCACCUCCCCCACCCCCGCGCGUCUGACCCUUGCUCCUUCCAAACAGAGAGCUCAGAGCCUCUGACCCUCUCCCCGGAACAACCGCCCUUACCCCACCCCCUUCCCCCGCUGCCAGUAAUGGGCUCUGGAUAUUCCCCAGCGCCUCUCCGGCUCUGGUCGAACAAUGUACGAGGCCUCAACUCGCCCGAGCGGAGGUCUCACCUGCUGCACACCCUAUGGGCAGAGAGGGUGUCCUUCGCAUUCCUGCAGGAAACCCAUUUUCGGGGGGACACGAGCCCACCGCUGAGAGAUUCGAGAUACCCCCCUGGAUUCUUCGCAAACCACCAGACUGCCAAAAGAGCCGGAAUCGCAAUACUGCUAGCGAACACAGUACCGUUCGAGUGCACAGGAAAGUUGGCCGACACCAUGGGAAGUUUUCUCUUUCUUAAAGGCACCAUAGCAGGCAACGCAUAUACACUAGCAAGCAUAUAUGCUCCUAACACCCGGCAGCAUAGAUUUCACAAAAAAAUGCUGAAUAAGCUCGAACAAUUCCAAGAGGGCUUACUACUGAUAGCAGGAGACCUGAAUGUAGUGCUCGAGCCGAAGGGUGGAUACCUCCAGGGGAGUCAGCUCUUUCCCACGACAUAGCCUCCAAGACAUCAAAGAGACCCUACAUGGGGCAGGCCUGGUGGACUGUUGGAGAGCACUGCAUGUGAAAGGGACUAUACCUACUACUCCACAGUCCACAAACGAUACAGCAGACUGGAUUAUAUCCUCAUGGCUCAGGAGCACUUGUCCCUGCUCGAGUCAAUCGAGAUUCGACCGCUUGGAUGGUCUGACCAGUACCCCUUACUGAUGAGUAUAGAGUCCCCUCUGCAUCAACCCAGGGAACGCCACUGGAGGAUGAACGAAUCGGUCCUAGCAGACGCCACUGCUGCCGCGGAGAUCCAUUCGGCACUGACCGCAUUUUUUAAAGAAAACGAGGACCAGGACAUGCCGACCCUAACACUUUGGGAAGCACACAAGUGCGUAGUGCGUAGUGUGGGGGCAUCUCAUCAAAAUGUGUACCCAAAGUAAGAAGGAACAACGACAGCGCAUGGAGGAGGUCACCCAACGGAUCUCGGAACUAGAGACGGCUCAUAAGUCCACGUCAUCGGACGAAGACUACAUGACUCUACUGGAAGUUAGGAAGGCUCUCCAGAAAUUACAACAUACUAUACGAAAGUCUCACCGAUUUUUAUACGAAUACUCGUAUAAAUGCGGCCGCCUCCUGGCCCGGAUGCUUCAAAAGAAGUGACGUAUGUGCCACAUAUCCAAGCUUAAAACUAAAGAACAGACAAUAACCCAACUUCCGGACAAAAUUACUGAAUUAUUCUGGGAAUACUACCACACCCUAUACAACCUGACCACAGAGACCUCCCCUGACUCAACCCAACGCAGAGAACGAUGAAUCAUGGAAUACCUACAAGAACACGUCACCAAAACCUUGAGCCAAGACACGGCAGCGGAAUUAGAUAGAAGAACUUCUGAAGGGCUCCAGGCUCAAUAAAGCUCCUGGCCCAGACGGGCUGCCCAUCAAAUACAUCAAGGAAUUCAGAGAUGUGCUGCUCUCCAAACUGCUAACAGGCUUAAACUCCAUCCUAAAAGGUGGAGCGUUCCCAAGAGAUUCUCUUAUGGCGGCGAUAGCAGUUCUCCCAAAUGAAGGCAAAUACCCGACCAACUGCGCCAGCUAUAGACCGAUAUCGCUACUAAAUGCAGAUCUAAAGCUUUUCACGAAGGUUCUGGCCACCCGUAUCGGUGGUGUUCUCCCGGAACUGAUGGAUUCGGAUCAAGUGGGCUUCAUCCCAGGACGGGAAGCGAGAGACAACACCAUCCGUGCCCUUAAUGUCAUUCAUGCAGCCAGAAGUUUGGCCCAGAAGCUCAUUUUGCUCUCCACCGACGCAGAAAAAGCUUUUGAUCGGGUGGACUGGUGAUACCUGAUGGCAACGCUACAGGUGAUGGGCUUCGGUUCCCAAAUGAGGACCUGGAUAUCUUCACUAUAAACGAUUCCAACAGCUAUAAUACGGGUUAAUGGGGCCCUCUUCACGCCAAUCCACAUACAUAACAUACAUAACGGAACGAGACAGGGCUGACCGCUCUCCCCCCCUGUUUGCCCUCUCUCUGGAACCAUUCCUGGGGGCGGUCAGAUGGGAUGGGGGAAUAGAGGGGUUUGCACUGCAGGGAACGAUUCACAAGGUGGCCACAUAUGCGGAUGAUAUGCUAUUCUUCGUCAGCACCCCCCUGGUCUCCGUGCCGAACUUACUGAGAGCCUUUGCAGAAUACGGGCGGAUAUCAAACAUGAAACUGAACACAGAAAAUUCGGAAGCCAUGCCCAUAUCAAUGGCGGAAACGAGUGUUGCUCAUCUGAGAUCCCAGUUCACAUUCACCUGGUGCCGAACAAAUCUCAAAUACCUUGGGAUCUGGCUUACCGCGGACCUGUCGCAACUCUAUGCCCACAACUUCGCCCCAAUGAUGCUCACGCUGAAAAAAGACACGAUGGUCUAGUCUAUGCGUAUCAUGGUUUGGAAGGAUGAACGCAAUUAAGAUGAACCUACUACCUCGCCUGCUGUACGAUAAGUAAACCAUCCCGAUAAGUAUACCUUCAACAUUCUUCCGACACAUGGAUUCCGCCAUCUCAGGUUUUAUAUGGCAGUCCAGAGCCCCUAGAAUUAAGAGAACGCAAUUGCACCAACCAAAGGCCCUCUCUACUUACCUAUUAUAGAGCUACGCACUUGCACCGCAUAGUAGACUGGCACGUCCCGAAGACUAGCAAGAAAUGGGUACAUAUGGAGUGAGCUCAGGCAGAGGGAACACUACCAGUGGUGGCAUGGUUGAGCGGCCACACGAGGAACCCACGUACCUGGACUCACCCAUUCAUUGGGGCAACGUUGAAGAUCUGGCGCCUCAUCAGCUCCAAACUCUCCUUAACCACGACACCAGGACCGCUGACUCCAAUUAACCCCGAAGUGGCAUUGGAACUCACGCCGCAGGACAUCAGGACGUUUGGGGCGUCGGACCAGCCACACAUGCAACAGUAGUGCACAGUGGAUGCGCUGAAACCGCUACCAGAACUUAUAUCGGACAGAACCACGACGGGCCUGGAAAGACUCCGUUACCUCCAGAUCAAAGCAUACUACAUGUCCCAAAAUGGUAGGCACCUGUUCCACAGGACGCUAACACAGUUUUAGGAAUUAGGCAGAGUCAGAACACACAUAGCCAGAGGCAUCUCUAUGACCUACGCGCUACUCCAAGCUACAGCCCGACCCAGGCCAGCAAGAUAUAUGGCAAGAUGGGAAGAAGCCACCGGCGUCUCACUCACGGAGCCACAGUGGAUGAAAAUCCACAUACUGACACACCAAAGCUCAAUGAGCUCCAAACACCAGGAACUCAAUUACAAGCUGCUGACCGGGUGGUACAGGACACCCGAGAGGAUACACAGAAUGAUCACGGAUGCACCCAGCACCUGCUGGAGAUGUGGAGAAGAGACAGGAUCGGACAUACAUGUAUGGUGGACAUGUAGAAAGAUAGUUCCAUUCUGGAACCCAGUCCAUACCCAGAUGAAGAACAUACUAGAUACAGAUCUCCAACUUCAACCACUCCAGAUGCUCCUCCAUCACACAGAGAUGCCCAUAUCUAGAUAUAAAAAGUCACUCACAAAACACCUCCUAAACGCAGCCAAACUACUUAUCCCACCAACUGGCAGUCCGUGCAGACACCCACCAUCCAACAAUGGAUGGACAAGGUGGAGGAAAUCCACGGGAUGGAGACCCUCAUAGCAUCCCUGAGGGGAACAGUAGACAGAUACAUACAGACUUGGACCCCAUGGAUGGAUUUCAUAUCACACAGAAGGACAUAAGACUAUCAACCCCCUUGUAUAACCUGAGGUGGAGGGGACACGGGACGCCCCCUGAAGCGAAAGAGGGAUGAGACAGCGGAGGAGAAACAUGGAACAGGGGGGGUGCGCGGCGGGCCUAAGGCGGGGGAGACGUCGGCUCACCCUUUCCAUACCACCCUCUCCGACCCUCUCCCAACUUCAGUCGAGCUUCCCCCCACCUUUACCUCCCCCCCCUUUUUUCUCUCUCAUUUCUUUUCUUCUCUCCCCCAUAUUUGUUGGCCCGAGUGGACAGGACCUCAAUACUAAGCCAAACAUGGGAAUCCCCAAGCACUGGCCCCCCUUUUCCCCAUGCCAACAGAUAUAACCUGAGCCUGCGCACCUUCUAAGGGAACGCCCAAGGGCCUCCGAACCGCAAAACAGAUAAUCAAGUGGUUGGUCCUAAACACACAAACACAACAACGGAUACCCACAGGCUAUUGAGGAGAGGCACAACGGGUCCUACUGUCACCACAACCGACACGGAAUCUAUCAAAGCUACAGACAUGACACAUAAGGGAAGGACGGUACACCUGGGAUAGAGGGCAUGAACAGCUAGCCACAACUAUGAGGCACUGCUAGCCCCUAUUCCUGGACCAGGGACUAUUCCUAGGACAACAGAAAUUAUACUGAGGGAUGCUUUAGCACAUGUCUACGGACCCCGAGAACCAAAUGGUAACGGGGGAAAUCCCCUUGUAGAAUAACACAUACUGAGGCUGAACAGAGUCUGGGCGGAAAGAUAACUAACCAACCUGAUGUUCCUCAAUCUCGCAAUACAGGCUAUAGCAAACUAGCAAGGAACAAACGAUAAUUCACACUCUAUAGCACAGGAGGGAAUAGAAAGCUCCUUUAUCAGUACUAUGACCUGCUACACAACAUGUAAAUAGCUGGGCACUGAAACACUGUUUGCCACAAAUGAUUAGAAUUGUAAAAUCAGGAAGUUGUAUGUUGCUACGUUUUGCUGUGACUUAUUGUCAAAACUGUUCUAAAAGCCACUAAGUUCAGUAUCUUGUACGACUGCAAAAAAAACCAAAAAAACAUCAAGUAUACAAAAAUAUACCACAAGCACUUUAUUUAUAUAAGAUAUAUUAUAAAAUAGAAGAAGAUAAUGUUAUGCUGUUGCACUGAUAGGAUAUUCUGUGAUUAAGACACAUUCAGAGACAUAUACUGCACUAAAUAAUACACAGAUUACAUUUUAAUCUAGUCCACAGGUAAGUCCCAGAUGAUUAAUAUGUGUCUGGCUCAAAAAGCAUUUAAUUCCGACAAACUGUCCAAAAUAAACUUACUAUGCUUACUUUUAGCAAAAGUAGCAAAGGAUUGAAUGACAAGCUUAAAUAUUUGCACAAUUAUAUUUGUUUUUAUUCAACCUUUCAUUCACAAAAACUAGCCUGAUCAGAAAUAUUUAAAUCCAACAUUAAUCAAUAACAGCAUAAGAGAAAAACAAAUUUAAAGCUAUUGAUAUAAAUUCAGGGGAAUUUACAUUUCUCAUAUGAAAAUAAGUAUUUGAUAAGAAUAGUUUAGAACACACUGCUUUCGGGGUACUUUGCAAGCUGUCGGGAGCAUAAACACAUUGGCCUUGAUUUGAUAUUUUUAGAUAAGCUUUUUAAAUGAUUACAAUCUGUUAGGAAAACGUUCACGAUUUUAACAAUUGCAAAAUAAAUUAUUUGGUGCAAGUGAAUUUCCUUUUCAAUUCCUCCCCAAGGUCAAAGAUUAUUAGGACAAGUAAAUAUAGACACCCUACACACAGGCGCCCUCUCAGCCAUUCUCACAGUGACCCACAUCAGUUACUUCCGCAGUCAUCCUCACAGUCACCCCCACAAACACAGUCACACCCACACAAUGAUACUCAUAGAAAUAUAGUCAAACACACCAUACAAACUCAUUAUAAACACAACAUCCAAAUCAAACUACAAGCUAUCCUGCUAAACAAACACAACACACUGCAAGCAGUUCCCCCACACAUAUACCCUCAAAGAUACAUUUACAGACAUCUGUCUUUGGACACAACUGAAAAUGAUUAGUAUCCACCUACCUCACAUCCUUAGAGAUUGUAAGCUUGUCUGAGCUUCUAAACCUCUAAAUACCCACUUUCUAUAAUUGCAACGUGCUUUAUAUUUAGCACUUUCUAUAAUAUGUUGGUGUUAUAUAAAUGCUGAUAAUAAUACUGAUAGACAUACACUGAUAUACACUCCCAGACACAUACACAUAAAAUGAUAUUCAAUGCCAAUGCCACACAGUCUCAGGCACAUACACAGAUUCACAAUUCAAGACAAACACUUAGCCAGCAAUACAUAUGAACAGAUACACACGACCAUACACACACUGUGACAGUGUGUCUGUAUCUGUCAGGUAAGUAUGUGUGUAUCUGUUAUCAAUGUCUGUCUCUGUGUGUCAAUGUAUGUUUACUUGCAUCAGUCUUUCAGUCUUUGUAUGUAUCAGUAUAUAUGUGUGUUUGUGCAUCUAUCAAAGUGUGUGGGGCAGUGUAUAUGUGUCCGUUGAUCAGUUUGUGUAUAUGCGUGCGUGUGACCAAAGUGGAAAAUGGUUGCAAUCUGCUCAAUGUAUACAAUAUACAAGGGGGAAAUAUAUAUAUAUAUAUAUAUAUAUAUAUAUAUAUAAAACAUUCUCGCUGACCCCACACUCACCGUUCUGCUCUUAAUGCCCCGGUGCCAACCAUAUAACUUAUUAGUUUAAAAAAGGACACAUAUCACAUAUACCGUAUUUUUCGCUCCAUAAGACGCACCUCACCAUAAGACGCACCUAGUUUUUAGAGGAGGAAACCCAGAAAAAUAAAUAUUCUGAACAAACUGUUCCAUAGUGUUUCUUACUAUGGGACAGUUUGUUCAGAAUAUUUUUUUUUCUCCCCUGUCCCAUAAUGAUCUUUAACCCCCUUUCCUCUGUCCCAUAGUGAUUGUUAACCCCUCCUACCCUGUCCCAUAGUGUUCUUUAACCCCUCCUCCCCUUGUCCAUUAGUGUUCUGAUCCCAUAGUGUCCUCCCCUCCCAUUGUCCCAUAGUGCACUUUCCCUCCCAUAGUGUCCCCCCCUGCCCUUGUCCCAUAGUGUCUCCCCCUCCCCUUGUCCCAUAGUGUCCCCCCUCCCCUUGUCCCAUAGUGUCUCUCCUCCCUUUCUCCCAUAGUGUCCCCCUCCCCUUUUCCCAUAGUGUCUCCUCCCCUCCCCUUGUCCCAUAGUGUCUCCUCCCCUCCCCUUGUCCCAUAGUGUCUCCUCCCCUCCCCUUCUCCCAUAGUGUCUCCCCUCCCUUUCUCCCAUAGUGUCUCCCCUCCCCUUGUCCCAUAGUGUCUCCUCCCCUCCCCUUGUCCCAUAAUUACUUACCUGUCUUGGAGCGUGGGCCGGCUUCACAGCGCGCUCCGCGGUCCAGGAACUUCUAUUUCAGGUUCCGGUUUCCGGCGGGACUAAAAGGAAGUGUGCACACUGAGUGUGCACUUCCUUUCAGUCCCGCCGGAAACCGGAACCUGAAAUAGAAGUUCCUGGACGGCGGAGCGCGCUGUGAAGCCGGCCCACGCUCCAAGACAGGUAAGUAAAUCUUCACAUUCGCUCCAUUAGACGCACAGACAUUUCCCCUCACUUUUGAGGGGGAAAAAAGUGCGUCUUAUGGAGCGAAAAAUACGGUAAACAAUCUGGUCAAUGUUUCAGUCCUAUAACCAGGCGUUUUGCUAAUAUAUGAUACCUAGAUAUGAUUACAUAUGGGAUGAUGUAUAUGUGAAAUAAAUAUAGAGUAUGUGGGGAAAUUUUAAUGCUGCAUAUUCAGAUUUGUUAUUUAUUUGCAACACUUAUUUUCUUAUCUUCAUUAUUUGGUAAACAAAACAAAAAACAUAUAAACAUUACUUUUCAGGACACUCAAAAUACUCUUGAGGUUUUUUUUUUCUUUAACAAGUGCUUGGUGGUAAAGGGGUUAGUAAAAAUUUAAAAGGACAUUUCAAAUUAUUAUUAUUAUUUAUUUUUUUUGCAACUAGAAUUAUUCACUAAUAUAUGUGUUGCCAGGAAUCAACAAUGGAAUUUAACAUAUUUUCUCCAAUAACUUUGCUUGUAUAAAAAUAUUUUUUGGAUUGUUUUCAAAAUAAAAACUGGUUAGUACAUGCCACUCUUUGUUAGUCCUUCCAUAAGAGAAAAUCUGGGGCAAAUUCUAUAAAGCAAGACAGGUGUCAUCAUCCAAGCAUUAUUCCCCGUAGUGCAAUAAUUUGUAUUAAAUAGGCUUUUAUUGAUACAACAAUUGCAUACAACACAUGGUUUCCAUGUAUGGCAUGUAUGGCAAUACAAUUUUGUAAUAACAGGAAAUUGAUGUAAAAUAGCACAGCAUUGGUGAGCUGUAAAGGGUAUAUAAAACACCAUAUUAAACAUUUAGCAUUAAACACAUACAAAUUAGGGAAUAAUCAGACAUGUAGCGUUACUCACAAUUCCAUUGAUUCCCCUUUCAUCCUGACCACCUCCACCUUCUGAAAACUCUAGAUGAGGGAUGUGCUAACUUGGCAUCAAAUCAUGUCAGAAUUCAAGUUUCAGAAGGGAGAACGAGGUGAGGACAAGGCAGAAGGUAAUAAAUGCAAAGAGAGAAGAGGAGCGAGAAAAAAAAGGAAGUAAGGGGAGAACCAGCUGGGGUAGGAGGCUUGGGUGGAGGUGUCGCCUAUAAGUUAAUCAGUCAGGAAUCUAGUGGAAUUGACCGAAGACAAUAAUCCUAGCCAGUAGUAGCACCACAGGAUAUAUCUCCCAUUGUCUCAGACAGAGGUUGCUUUCAGAUCCUCAAAUUUUCUGGUGUCAUCAACCUAUUCAACCCACUGUCUCAGCAGGGAUACACAUGCAUGCCACCAGAAAAUUGGGAUUACCAACUUAGCCACGUUCAGAAGUCAUGGUGUCUCAGAGCGUUUGUAGCCCUGCACAGCAAUUGUAGUAUGGUGUAGCAAAUAAGUUGCUGGUUCCAUAGGUGGAGGUACCUCCAAUAAUUUCCCUAUCAUUUUGCCAACCACUUCCCAGAACGGUCUGAUUAAUCUACAUGACCACCAGAUAUAAAUGGGCUCUCCCCAUUCUUUCCUACAGCACCAGCAAAGAUCCGGCACAGUUGUGUCACGUCUGUGAAGAGCAGUUGGGAUCAAAUACCAUGUUGUGAGGAGUUUAUAUGAAUUUUCAUGCACACAUGCCGACACCAGCAUUUUUGGAAUGAAAACAAGCAUCUUGCCCCAUUCCACCUGCAUAAACAUCUGUUGGAGGUCUUCCUUCAGGUUCCAGAUACACAGAGGUGGUAACAAGUAGCGAUUCAUCACCAGCAUAUUGUAGGUUGCUUUAAAUGCUUUUGGGGGCCAUUGAGUAAUGCAUAGUUUGACUGCAUAAUGGAGUGUUGGUUCUUUAACCUCUAAUCUACAUGCUUCAGUCUGCCUGAGAAGUGGGAGUUACAUUUGUGGACAGUGGCUGUGAUAUGAAUAUUCCAAUAUUUUGUCCAUGUAUAUGUAGAGUAAUAGUAUGAUCCAGUGGUCUUAACAAACCAUUUCUGAGUCCCCUUUAAUACUGUACUGAACUUGUCAUCUGGAUUUCCAAAUACAUUUUAAUAAUAUUAGACUUUUAAGCAUAUUUCAAUUUAAUGUGUAAAUGCAUGCAAAUGCCAUCCAUUGAUGUCUAUAAUAUCUCCAAAGCAGGACUGACUGAAUUAUUUUUGGUUACAUAGAUGCAUCAGCCUGUGUAGGCCUUUGUGUCAUUUGACACCCCUUUUGCUCCUCUUUAUCCAUCCUUUUGCACUUUUUGUGUGUCUUACUCCCUUUUUGUAUCUCUUCAUCCAUUUGUGUUUUUGACCCCCUUGUUGUUUUUUCUGUCCCUUCUCCUCCUUUCUGUGUCUCAUUUGUGUCUCUUCCUCAACAUACCUUACAAGCUCCAACUCUCUAUUGUACUGUGGCAUUGUUGUCCUCCUGUUUGUCACCUGAGCCUGACAUCCCUUGCUUAGUAUGCCAUGGGGCGGAGGGGGGCCAGUACAAUCUGCAGACAAUAAGCCUCCAUGAUAGUGUGCCUCAAGGCAGCAGUCUGUGAUGCCUUAAGGUAGUGCCAGUGCAAUCUACCAAAAGAAAAGCAUUUUGGAACAUUUAUCGGAAGAUGCUGGAUGAGGCAAAGACAGACACUCAAUAAAACAGGACACUGGAAUUUGUUAUUGUGUCAAUUAUUUCAUUUUAUUUAUAUAUACUAUGUUAUAUGCUAGCUUGACUAUGCAUUUUCUGUUUGUUUGUUUUUGUUGUUGCAGCAGUAUAUAACAUUUUAAGCAGAUAUGAUUAAACAUUAAUACAUGUUAAGUAUGACAAAGUCCAUUUAUGAGAUUUACUGUACUGCCUGGAAUGUUUUGCUUCUCUAAUCUCCUCCUUUUUUUCUACCAGUCAACUUCAUGAAUUCCAACUUUAGAGAUCUGCCUUAUGAUGACAACUCAAAACAGUACAGUGUUUUUUCUUGUUGGAUUCACACUUGGACCUUUGAUGCAAAAAGGCAUUUUCAUGAUUUUUCUACUUCUUUAUUGUCUGUCAUUAAUAGGUAACAUGUUCAUCAUUGCUGCCGUUUGGCUCGGACAACACCUGCAUACUCCAAUGUAUUACUUUUUAUGCAGCUUGGCUUUCUUGGAUAUUUGGUACAUAUCCUCCACUGUUCCCAAACUCCUCAUUAUCUUAGCCAUUGACAACAAAGCUAUUUCCCUGCCUGUAUGCUUCCUGCAAUUCUAUAUGUACGUGUCUCUUGGUGCCAUUGAGUUUUAUCUUCUGGCUGUCAUGUCUGUGGAUAGAUAUUUGGCUAUUUGCCAUCCAUUAAUGUAUCACUCCAUCGUCACCAGUAAGACCUGUUAUUGUGCAGUGCUAAUAUCUUGGAUUGGUGGAUUCUUUACUUUUAUUUAUCCUACUGUCUUGAUGGGAGAGAUGUCCUUCUGUGGACCAUAUGAAAUAAAUCAUUUUUUUUGUGACAGCUCUGCUAUAGUGAAGAUUAAUUGCUCUGAAAUCCAAGCAUUUGAUUUGUUUUUUUCUAACUUUGCAUCCGCGGCAAUUAUGAGUUCCUUGACUAUAACAUUAGUUUCCUAUUGCAAGAUCAUAUUCACCAUUUUGAGAAUACCAUCAUCCAGUGGUAGAAAGAAAGCUUUCUCCACCUGUACUUCUCACUUCAUUGUAAUCUCUUUGGCCUAUGGAAGUGCUAUUUUUAUAUAUGUGCGACCAGUUGAUAGUUCCUCCCCUGACCAUAAUAAAGUAGUAGCUCUUCUUAACCCCUUAAGGACACAGCUUCAGAAGCUUGACUUACGCUUAAUGACACAAGCAAUUUUUGCAUUUUCUUGCUGUUUGCGUUCAACUGCAAUUUGCAUCUCUCUCAUUUAUUGCACCGACACAUAUUAUAUACUGUUUUUUAAAGGACAGAAAGGGCUUUAAUUUGAUAUAACAUAUAUAUAUAUAAAUGCUUACUUAUUAUAAAAAAAAUACAGAAAAAUGCAAAAAAAAUGAAAAAUAUUGUUUUUUUUUACAGUUUUUGCAAUAAUAAUGUGUGCAUAAUUAGUGCAGGUUAAGGAAAGUAAUUAAAAAUAAAUUUAUUUAUUUGUUCUGAUUUACAGAAUAUAUAAUGUGUCUGGGAUUUUUUUUUUUGGUAGUUACAGGUCACAAAGCACAAGGAGUAAAAUAAACUUUUAAUGUGGAGCGAUUUUAGAAUUUGGUAUGUUUGUCUUGUAAGCUUAAUAGCCAUAAAAGAAAACAAAAUUGCCACACAAAAGUAUAUAUUUAUAUAAAGUAGACAUCACGGGCUAUUUACCUAAGGUUGUUUUGACACUUUCUACGUAGCCAUAUUACCGCCAACCUCUGCUAAAUAUUGGAGUAAAAUUGUGUUCUUUUUGGUUUUUGGCACACAAACUUAUAACAGAGAAAUUCUCGUGUAUAUUUUGUAAAGUUGGUGUGUGCUAUUCCUGUACAAAGUUUUAUUUUGUGUUCAGUUACAUCUGCUGAGUAAAAUGACACCCCCAUUGUAUGUCUUUUGCACUAUUUCGUGAAGUUACAGUGCCAUACAGGAUACCUGUCCUUUUCAGUAUUCACAGUAGAAUUUUGAGAGAUGAAUUUAAUGAGCCUUAGCUUCCAUUUGGGGUAUUAUAACAGUUUGACUGUUCAAAAAACCCCCACAAAGGCCUACCAUUUGUAAAAGUAGACACUCCAGGGUAUCUUAUAAGGUGCAUAUUGUGCCUUAACAUGCCCCCAUUUUUUCACCAAUAUAUGCCAAAGUAUGUGGUAAAAAAUAAUUUUGUGCAUUUUUUACAUACGGAUUGCAUUUUUGCUGGGCGUUUUGUAUAUUUCAUAUGUGCCACUAAGUUCAAACCCCCCAAAUUAUGCUCAGCUAAGUCUUCUGAGUAAAAUGACACCCCAUAUGAAUGUCUUUGGCACUAUUUCGUGAAGCUACAGUGCCAUAUAGGAGACCUGUCCUUUACAGUAUUCACAGUAGAAUUUUGAGAGACGGAUUUAAUGAGCCUUAGCUUCCAUUUGGGGUAUUAUAACAGUUUGACUGUUCAAAAAACCCCCACAAAGGCCUACCAUUUGUAAAAGUAGACACUCCAGGGUAUCUCAUAAGGUGCAUAUUGUGCCUUAACAUACCCCAUUUUUUCACCAAUAUAUGCCAAAGUAUGUGGUAAAAAAAUUAUUUUGUGCAUUUUUUACAUACGGAUUGCAUUUUUGCUGGGCGUUUUGUAUAUUUCAUAUGUGCCACUAAGUUCAAACCUCCCAAAUUAUGCUCAGCUAAGUCUUUUGAGUAAAAAUAUACCCCCAAUGAAUGUCUUUGUCACUAUUUUGUGAAGCUACAGUGCCAUAUAGGAGACCAAGCCAUAUCCGUUUUUACCAAACUUUGAAUUUUGACGCUGGGCCUAUGUGCAAUUUCCAAGCAUCUUCGCAGGUUUUAAAUUCAAUCUACCCCACAAAGGCCUACCAUUUCUAAAAGUAGACACCCCAGGGUGUUUCAAAAGGUAUAGUUUGAACCUUAGCGUGGGAUCAUUUUUCCGCUAGCUUGUACCAGAUGUAGUG